AUGGCAGAGAAGGAGACGAUAAGCGACGAGCCGUUGACGAAGGAUGUGAUGGCAGUCAACGCGGACGCCAUCGAAGACCCGGAGGAAUCAGAUGAACCAAAUGUUACGUUCAAAUCAUUGGGCGUGACUGAAGUGUUGUGUGAAUCGUGUGAAGCACUCAAAUGGCAUAAACCAACGAAAAUACAGAUACAGUCCAUACCUAUUGGCCUCCAAGGUCGCGAUAUCAUUGGUUUGGCCGAAACGGGUUCGGGAAAGACCGGCGCUUUCGCUAUACCUAUACUUCAGGCUCUGUUAGAAACUCCUCAAAAGCUCUUCGCUUUGAUUUUAACGCCGACUCGAGAGCUGGCCUUUCAGAUCAGCGAACAGUUGAUGGCUUUGGGAUCAAGUUUUGGCCUCAAAUGCGCGACAAUCGUUGGCGGUAUGGAUAUGAUUAACCAAUCGAUGAGUUUGGCCAAAAAGCCGCACAUAAUAGUGGCCACUCCGGGACGACUGGUCGACCACUUGGAGAAUACCAAAGGUUUUAAUCUAAAGAGUUUGAAAUAUCUGGUGUUAGACGAAGCGGACAGAAUCCUGAACAUGGAUUUUGAACAAGAAGUGGACAAACUAUUGACUGUUAUUCCCAAAGAGAGAAACACUUUCAUGUUUUCGGCCACAAUGACUAAAAAGGUACAGAAAUUACAGAGAGCUUCGCUCAAAGAUCCGGUCCGAGUGGAGGUGUCGUCCAAAUACCAAACUGUUGAUAGUCUGCAACAGCACUAUGUCUUCAUUCCCGUCAAAUACAAGGACGUGUAUUUGGUGUAUAUUCUUAACGAAUUGGUCGGCAAUUCAUUUAUGGUUUUUUGCAACACUUGUAAUAAUACACAACGAAUAGCGCUAUUGUUGCGAAACCUGGGCUUCACUGCCAUCCCAUUGCACGGACAGAUGAGUCAAUCCAAACGACUCGGAUCUCUGAAUAAGUUUAAAUCCAAGACUCGAUCCAUUUUGAUCGCAACGGACGUGGCGUCCAGAGGUCUGGACAUUCCUCACGUGGAUGUUGUCAUCAAUUACGACAUUCCGACGCAUAGCAAGGAUUACAUACACCGCGUCGGCCGCACCGCCAGAGCCGGCCGUUACGGAAAGGCAGUCACUUUUGUGAGUCAAUACGAUGUGGAACUCUAUCAACGUAUCGAACAUUUAAUCGGCAAAAAACUACCCAUUUUUGAGACACACGAAGAAGAAGUGAUGCUUUUGAACGAAAGAGUCUCCGAAGCGCAACGAUUCGCCAAAUCUGAAAUUCUUGAGACCGACGGUAAGAAGAGGAGGAAGACGGGCGCCGAUGACAACGACGACACCGAAGAGGCGAUUGGCGUUAAGAAUAGAUUAUCGCAAAAGAGACACCAGAAUAACGACAGGAAUGACACGUUUAAUAACAGGAAUAACAAUAACAGGAAUAACAACAACAAGAAUAACAACAGGAAUAAUAACAAGAAGUUUAAAAAGAGAUGAAUUUUGUAAUACUUUUAUGUCAUAUAAGCCAAUAAAUCAUUAAAAUGUCUAUUAAAA